AUGUGCCAUUGUAAAGUCCUCAAUUGCUCCAAUAAAAAAUGUAGUUGUAAAAAGAAAAACAAAACUUGUGAUUCAACCUGCUCUUGCCCCCAAAAGUGCCAGAAUAGAGUACCUCCCGCUAUAGAAAACCCUCAAGAUUCCCAAGUUAAUCCCAAUUCUCCCGAAAAAAAAAACACACUAAAAUAUGGUGUAAUCUAUGAUGACAACGAAAGAAGUUCCACUCUUCUUUUUAAUAUGGAACAUAUUACAUCUAUUGAAAACACAAAUGAUAAAAAAAUUGAUUUUUCCUUCGUAACUAUGACUCCGAUUUCAUCCAAUAAAAUCAAAGAUAUUAUUGGGCUUGCAAAAAUGAUUAAAGAGGCAAGUACCCACCCAAAUGUCUCCAUUGUUUUUGGUGUAAACACAAAGAUAAUUUCCACUGAAAGACCCAAUAAUAAUUACUGGAAAUCAUUGAUACCUGAAGAACUUAAAGGUGAAAUAAAGGAACUUCAAAUUCCUAUAUUAUUAAUCUUUUAUCGUUGGGGUUCCCAAAAAAAUCUAGAGAGUAUUGAUAAAAUAGUUGAAACAAUAGAAAAAUCUGUCACUCAAAGAACUGAAGAUCUAUAUAUAAAAGGAAUAGAAAUGGAUGAUAAUCAAUGUAUAUAUCCAUAUGGCUUGUCAAGAGAGUUUUUGCACAAACAUCCGGCUGCCAUUGAGUUUCAAAAUCAAAUAGCUGAUGCACACAAAUCAAUUGUUUAUGUUCAUUCCCAAGAUAGCGAUUUGACAGGUCUAUCUUUGGAAUAUGAAGAUCCUUUCCUUAAAAAACUCCAAAAAAAUCCAUACCUUGGAUUAUUUUAUGACAAUGCAGCUACAAUUUUUGAAAAACUUUACACAAAUAAUGGGGAGUACUGUUUAGUUUAUGGUGGUGCAUAUAAUUUUUUUAAUUGCAAAUUUGAAGAAGAUUAUAAAGAUCAUUUUUACCCAACAAACCUUGCAGUUUCUAUAAGCAAUAAUAUGAAAAAAACAAUAUCCAAAAUAUCGCCAAUGGGUCCCUAUUUCUCAGAGUGUAACCUUUUUUAUUUAUCGUCGUGCCACAUGAAAGAUUACUACAAAAAAAAGUUUAUAGAUUCCAAAUUUGGUAAUACAAACGAAUCUAAAAAUUUUUUAAAAUCUUUUUUCGCUUCAGUACCCGUGGAACAAUUGAAAAAUUUAAUGAUAUACGACCCAGAUCUAACCGUUUCAACAUCACCGUAUAGACCAGGGAAAGAAAGAGAUUAUUUUACCAGUGCACCUGCUGAAUUAAAUAAAGAAACUUAUAAAUUAAUAAAAGUAAAGAUUUCUUCAUUGAAUGGUGCAAGCCAAACUAUUUGCCGUGCGCUUCAAUAUAGAGACACUUUGCUUGGAUCCUAUCGCCAUUUUAAGAACCUCGAAAGCUUAAAAAGAAAAACCCAUAAAGAAAUUUUACAAAUACUUGCAAAAAUUAAAGUUUCUCUUGAGGCCAAUUACAAGGAUGCCAUCUCUGGAAUAUUAAGACCAGAAGAAAUCCCCGAAGAAGAUUUUAAAAUGAUAAUGGAUAUAACUAAAGAAAUCUUCGAUGAAACCAUUGAAUUGUACAAAAAUACAAUUGAAAGCGAAGGGGUUAAAUUUAUUAAUUUUAAACAUUAA